UUGGCAUUGGGGUCCAUCUGCUGCCCAACCUGUCCAAACCCUUAUUUCUCUCUGACGGUGCUGGGAAAUACUGUGCCCUAAGGAAUCCGGAUCGAGAGCCAAACGGAGGAGCGGUGAGAACGAGAGGGUGAGACCCCGGAGGCACGAUGUUCUACUAUCCCAAUGUGCUUCAGCGCCACACGGGCUGCUUCUCCACUAUCUGGUUGGCAGCAACGCGUGGCAGCCGGUUGGUAAAGCGUGAAUACCUGAAGGUGAAUGUGGUGAAGACCUGCGAGGAAAUCCUCCGUUAUGUGCUGGUACAAGUGCAGCCCUCGCAGCCCGGCCUGCCGCGCCCCCGCUUCUCCCUCUAUCUCUCAGCCCAGCUCCAGAUUGGGGUGAUCCGGGUCUACUCACAGCAAUGCCAGUACCUCGUAGAGGACAUCCAGCACAUCCUGGAGCGCCUGCACCGUGCCCAGUUGCAGAUCCGAAUAGAUAUGGUGGAGGCUGAACUCCCCAGCCUGCUGCUCCCUAACCGCCUGGCCAUGAUGGAGACCCUGGAAGAUGCUCCAGACCCCUUUUUUGGGAUGAUGUCUGUGGAUCCCAGGCUUCCCAGCCCCUUCGAUAUCCCUCAGAUCCGACACCUUUUGGAGGCUGUGACCCCAGAGAGAGUCCCUGAGGAGACCCCUCCCGAAGUCCCCAUAGAGCCUGGGAAGCCAGACAGGACCCUGGUCACUGUGCUGACUCCGGAGGCCAUCACCCUCCAGGAAGCAGAGCCCAUACGCAUGCUGCAGAUCGAUGGUGAACGAGACCUCCCAGAGGUUAGCCGUCGAGACUUGGACCUGCUCAUUGCUGAGGAAGAUGAAGCUAUCUUGUUGGAGGAACAAGGCAGGCCUGUCCAGCAGUGUGGGACGUGCUUGGUUCUGGACAGUCAGGCCCCGGGCAUGGGCAGUCUGGGCUUGGGCAGUGCUCCUAUCUCAUCCCUUCUGUACUCUGAGGUGGAAGAGGCCGCAGAGCCACUUCCAGGCCGGGUCCUGGCCCCAGAGGAGGUGAAGCCAGCAGUCUGGGAGCCGGAGGCCCUGCUUGCUGAGGUGACGCCCCCGCCCCUGAAGGAGCUACCUCUCCCAGCUCCACUCAGCCCAGAGAGCCGCACACCCAUAAUCAGCUUCCCCAAGCCCCAGGCUACUGCUAGCCUACAAAAGCCUUUGUACAUCCCUAGCCGGCCCCCAGCCUCCCCACCUGCUCGCCGCCGCCGCAGUCGCCGCCGCCAAUUAUUGUUCUGGGACAAGGAGACUCAGAUCUCCAGGGAGAAUUUCCAGAAACAACUGCAAACCAGAGCUCAUUGCUGGGAGUGUCCGAUGGUGCAGCCCCCCGAGAGGAUCAUCAGAAGCCCCACAGAGCUGUUUCAAACCCCAACUUACUCUGGCUGGCUACCCCCAGAACUGCUGGCUUUCUGGACCCGCUGUGCCCAGCCACCCCCAAAAGCACUCAGACGAAUGCCCCUGGAGCCUGAAGAAGAGGCUGCUGAGAGGGAGGCAGCAGCUGAGGAGGAAAGGAGAAAAACGGAAACCCUGAGUGAUAUCGAGGUCCUGAGGGAGGCCCAAGAGCCCAGUGGGCCCCUUAUGCUGUCUUCAGAGCUCUCCAUAGAAGCAGCUGAGGAGGAGAAGUCUCGCAUCAGCCUCAUCCCCCCGGAGGAGCGGUGGGCCUGGGCUGAGGCGGAGCAGCCAGAGCCCCCUGUAUUGCCUGUGGUGCCCGAACUCCCCGAGGUGCCCAUGGAGAUGCCUUUGGAGCUGCCUCCGGAGGCAGAGCUGCUCUCACUUGAGGCUGUGUACAGGGCAGUGGCACUGGAGCUGCAGGCCAACAGGAAGCCUGAUUUCAGCAGCCUAGUGUCACCUCUUAGCCCUCGCAGGAUGGCUGCCCGGGUCUUCUACCUGCUCCUGGUGCUCGCAGCCCAGCAGAUCUUUCGCAUGGAACAAGAGAAGCCAUACGGGCGCCUCCUGAUCCAGCCGGGUCCCCGAUUCCAGUGUGGUUAGAACAAUUUAGAAGCUGCCAAAAAACCAGCUACG